AUGGCAUCGUCUUCAACUCCUCCACGCUCGCCAUUGUCACGCUCGGCCGCGUCCGUGGCCGGCGGGGACGAGCGCGGCGAGUAUAAAUCAGUUCCUCUGUCCGAGGAUCACGUCGAGGCUCGCAAAACGGGAGGCCACGAGAUCUCAUCUUCCCCUCUAUGGCCCAUUGCAUCGUAUUGCGUAUCAUCUAUACUAAUGACUGUGAUUAAUAAGCUCGCCGUCUCGGGCAGCAAGUUCAAUAUGACAUGUGUUCUCUUGUUCAUUCAAUGCACCGUCUGCGCCUUUCUCGUCAUUCUCUGCAAGCGUCUUCGCAUCAUCACUGUGCGGGACUUUGAUUUUGACGUCGCAAGAAAAUGGUUCCCGAUCAGCAGCUUCCUUGUAACUCUCAUCUACACAGGCUCCAAGAGUCUGCAAUACCUUAGCAUCCCAGUAUACACUAUAUUCAAGAAUUUGACAAUCAUUCUUAUCGCCUAUGGAGAGCUCAUCUUCUUCGGUGGACGCGUGACCGGGCUCAUGAUGGUUUCAUUUGCGUUGAUGGUACUCUCGUCCGUAAUGGCUUCGUGGACGGAUAUUGCCGGAAUGUUCACGCCCACCAACGGAGCUGCGGAUUCGGCCAUCAUUUCAGAUGCACCAGUCACUAAGCUUCUGGGCCUCAAUAUCGGCUACUUUUGGAUGUUCGCCAACUGCUUUGCCUCCGCAGCCUAUCUCCUGACGAUGAGGAAGAAGAUUAAGCAGAUGGGCUUCAAGGACUGGGAUACCAUGUUUUACAACAAUGCAUUGCCCAUUCCACUCCUUGCCGUCAUGUCUUUCCUUGUCGAGGACUGGAGCCCAAGCAACCUUAAAGCCAAUUUCCCCGAAGAUACUAGGGUACUUCUCCUCUUCACGAUGGCUCUUUCUGGGGCUGCGACAGUGUGGAUUUCAUAUUCGACUGCAUGGUGCAUGCGCACGACGUCCAGCACAACAUAUAGCAUGGUCGGAGCGCUGAAUAAACUUCCGGUAGCGGCGUCUGGCAUGAUCUUCUUGGGAGAUGCGGUCACAUUGGGAUCCGUCUCAGCGGUUCUGACCGGGUUCUUUGCCGGUAUCGUGUAUGCGGUCGCAAAGAAUGAGCUGCAAAAGUCUGAGAAGAUACGGAUGGGGGAGAUACCGCUGUCUGCUCGUCGAUGA